CGUGCUGGAGCUAGUUUGUCGUUGAUCCUUUACCUUCUUCGUUGAUUAUGUACAUGGAUCAUAGAUUGAGCAUGGUGGCGGCCGAGGGAGUCGCUCUCCUCCUCCUCUGCCUCGCCGGAGCUAUAUCCAUCUUUUGGCUCUCGCCAGUCCGGCGUCGCCACCGUCUGAGGCAGAACGGCUUCGACGGACCGCCGCCGGUCUUUCCUCUGGGAAACUUGAUGGAGAUGAGCGAGAAGGGAGGAGAUGGUUCUUCUUCUCCGGACGACGACGCCGCCGCCGCCGGCGGCGGCGGCACAAUCUCUCACGAUAUCCACUCUUACGUGUUCCCUUACUUCCACCGGUGGAGCAAAACUUACGGGAAGGUGUUCGUCUACUGGCUCGGAACAGAGCCGUUCUUGUACGUGGCUGACCCGGAGUUCCUGCGGCAGGCCACCGCCGGCGCCAUGAGCAAGAAAUGGGGGAAGCCCAACGUAUUCAAGCAAGACCGGAAGCCCAUGUUCGGCAAUGGACUCGUCAUGGUUGACGGCGAUGACUGGACUCGCCACCGGCAUAUCAUCUCACCGGCCUUCUCCGCCACCAAUCUCAAUAGAAUGGUAAGCGUGAUGGAAGAGACGACUGAGAAGCUGCUGAGGGAGUGGAGCGCAAGGGUGAGGAUGGGGCGGCAGGAGAUGGACAUCGCGAAGGACAUCACGGAGAACGCGGCGGAGAUUAUAGCGAAGGCGAGCUUCGGGAUGAGCGACGAGAAGGGGAAGGAGGUGUUCGAGAAGUUGCGGCGGAUGCAGGCGAUGCUGUUCCAGACGAACCGCCUCGUCGGCGUGCCCUUCGGGAACCUGCUGAUCGCGGCGAAGUCGUACGAGGCGUGGCGGCUGGGGAAGGAGAUCGACCGUCUGAUCUACGCCUUAAUCGAAGCGAGGAAGAAAGAGAAGUCCCAAAAUAAUGAUCAGAAGAAGGAUCUCCUCGGGCUGCUUCUGGAGCAGGAACGCGAGCUGACGACUCGCGAGCUCGUGGACGAGUGCAAGACGUUCUUCUUCGGCGGCCACGAGACGACGGCGCUGGCGCUGGAGUGGAGUAUGCUCUUGCUGGCGCUGCAUCCGAAGUGGCAGGCGGCGCUGAGGGAGGAGGUCAUGGAGGUCGUCGGAGAAACAGGUGCAGCGGCGCUCGACUCCGCCGUGCUCUCCAAACUCACCAAGAUGGGGUGGGUGUGGAACGAGGUUCUCCGGCUGUACUCGCCGUCGCCGAACGCGCAGCGGCAGGCGCGGGCGGAGGUGCGGGUGGGGGAGGUGGUGAUCCCGGAGGGAACCAACAUGUGGGUGGACGUGGUGGGCAUGCACCACGACACAGCUCUAUGGGGGGAGGACGCGAACGAGUUCCGGCCGGAGAGGUGGUCCGGGGAGGCGGCGGAGCGCGGCGGGUGCCAACACAGGAUGGGGUUCCUGCCGUUCGGGUUCGGGGGGAGGAUCUGCGUGGGGAGGAAUCUGACGGCGAUGGAGUUCAAGAUCGUGCUCUGCCUCGUGCUCCGCAGGUUCUCGUGGUCGGUGUCGCCGGCUUACUCGCACUCGCCGUGGGUCAUGCUGUCGCUGCGCCCGUCCAACGGCGUUCGUCUCAUCCUUCGCAGCUUGAGCGAAGAGGAAAGAGACAAUAAAUGAACUAAAAUAAUUUAUAUUUAUAUCGCCUUCGCCACUCAAUUUUGCUUUGACGAGGGAAUGUAACUAUCUUAGUUGCAAACUGGCCGCGGUGUUUAAUUAAAUUGUUAAAAAAUAAUAAGAAUUGGUUAGUCAAAA